GAGGAAAUGGAAGGGAAUUUCAUUUUUAGGUUGCACCGUGGUAGGCUCGAUAUUCUUCCAUGGCCCGUUAUUCAGUCUCCCAAGUUUUACACUUUGAUGAACAAGUUGAAGAAACGGCGUCCGUGUUUCUCGAACGGAUGAAGAUCCUAAUGGCAAAGUUAAGGGCGAGCGAUUGGGGGGCCUUUGAUCAUGCCCUUGCCUCACAUCGAGCACAACUCCCUGCCCAAUUGACCUCGCUUACGGUGUCACGGAGUAUGGAAACGAGGACACCUAUCUCAAGGUCGGGAGAAUCAGAACAUAGUGCCUCAUCACCAAACUAGGCCGACAGAACUUGGAUACUGAUGAAGCAGUUCAGCCUGAAACUUUCUUCAGAAACCAUUGUUUCCUUGAAUCA